AUGGUCUUGCUCACUCUCCUGCAGGCAAACCGCGUCCUGGGCCUGCUGGAGCGCCCUCUGGAGUUCCACGUCCUUGGGUUCUUCUCCGUCAGCCGUUCUACUGCAGCGUCGAUCAACUCAAAGCAACUCUCAUCCACUUCCAAACUUCACCCAACCAACUCAGAUCAACUCAAAGCAACUCUCAUCCACUUCCAAACUUCACCCAACAACUCAGAUCAACUCAAAGCAACUCUCAUCCACUUCCAAACUUCACCCAACCAACUCAGAUCAACUCAAAGCAACUCUCAUCCACUUCCAAACUUCACCCAACCAACUCAGAUCAACUCAAAGCAACUCUCAUCCACUUCCAAACUUCACCCAACCAACUCAGAUCAACUCAAAGCAACUCAUCCACUUCCAAACUUCACCCAACCAACUCAGAUCAACUCAAAGUUCCACUUCCAAACUUCACCCAACCAACUCAGAUCAACUCAAAGACUUCCAAACUUCACCCAACCAACUCAGAUCAACUCAAAGCAACUCAAUCCACUUCCAAACUUCACCCAACCAACUCAGAUCAACUCAAAGCAACUCACAUCCACUUCCAAACUUCACCCAACCAACUCAGAUCAACUCAAAGCAACUCACAUCCACUUCCAAACUUCACCCAACCAACUCAGAUCAACUCCAAAGCAACUCACAUCCACUUCCAACUUCACCCAACCAACUCAGAUCAACUCAAAGCAACCAACUCAGAUCAACUCAAAGCAACUCACAUCCACUUCCAAACUUCACCAACCAACUCAGAUCAACUCAAAGCAACUCACAUCCACUUCCAAACUUCACCAACCAACUCAGAUCAACUCAAAGCAACUCACAUCCACUUCCAAACUUCACCCAACCAACUCAGAUCAACUCAAAGCAACUCACAUCCACUUCCAAACAACAGCCAUAUAG